UAGUUUAAUAGCCGUUAAUUAAUCGUUGUUCAGUAAAGGCAACAUUUAAGUGCACAGUAAUCAAGUCAAUUAAAUAUUCAUCGAACAAAAAAGUGAUAACAUGGCGACGAUCGAGUCUGACAAAAUACCGCUACAACAGCCGAAGCACCAGCAAUUCUCACUGUUGCCCAAAGUAAUCAACGGUGGAAUCGCUGGCGUCAUUGGUGUGACAUGUGUGUUUCCAUUGGAUUUGGUCAAGACGCGGCUGCAGAACCAGCAGGUCGGUCCAAAUGGCGAACGCAUGUACAAGAGCAUGUUCGAUUGCUUCCGCAAAACAUACGCCGCCGAGGGCUACUUUGGCAUGUAUCGCGGCUCGGGGGUGAACAUCCUAUUGAUUACCCCUGAGAAGGCUAUCAAGCUGACGGCCAACGAUUAUUUCCGUCAUAAAUUGACCACCAAGGAUGGCAAGCUUCCCAUCAGCAGUCAGAUGGUAGCGGGAGGUCUGGCUGGAGCAUUCCAGAUCGUUGUCACCACCCCCAUGGAGCUGCUCAAGAUCCAGAUGCAGGACGCGGGACGAGUGGCAGCGGCCGCCAAACUGGCGGGUAAGACGGUAGAAAAGGUGUCGGCCACCCAGCUGGCCUCACAGCUGGUAAAAGAGAAGGGAAUAUUUGGCCUCUACAAGGGCAUCGGUGCCACGGGACUGCGAGAUGUGACAUUCUCGGUCAUCUACUUCCCGUUGUUUGCCACGCUCAACGAUCUCGGCCCGAGGCGCAAGGAUGGCUCGGGCGAGGCUGUCUUCUGGUGUUCCUUCCUGGCUGGCUUGGCGGCGGGUUCUACUGCUGCUUUGGCCGUCAAUCCCUUCGAUGUGGUAAAAACACGCCUUCAGGCGAUUAAGAAGGCCGAUGGCGAGAAGGAGUUCAAAGGCAUAUCCGAUUGCAUCACUAAGACGCUGAAGCAUGAGGGACCCACGGCAUUCUUCAAGGGCGGUCUGUGCCGUAUGAUUGUGAUUGCUCCAUUGUUCGGCAUUGCUCAGACGGUGUACUAUUUGGGCGUGGCCGAGGGACUGUUGGGCAUGGAAAAGAAAUAAAGGAGGACGACCUCCCUUCCGAUAAAACUAAUCGAUAAGACAAAGCAUUUUAAGUUUACUCUCUGAAUGUUGAAUGUGUAUUUGUUUUAAAAUGUUAUUGUUAAAGCUGUCCAAGAAUGUAAUUGUAAAGUCUCAAAAUGUCAGCCGUCAGUCCAGAAAGAACAGUUGUUAAAGUUAUCCCUCGCCCCCCUUCACCCUACCCGUAUACCGACAGAAUAUAUAUGUACGUAUAUUAUAUACAGGCCUUUGGCACUGAACCUAUGCUCCUAUGACAAUAAGAUAAAGUGGAAUCA